UUUACCUCUACUUCUUCGUCUUCGUCGGCAUCUCGAACAAUACUUCUUGGCUGGUCCGCACCCGCGCGCGAUACGACGCAGCAGUCCAACUCUCUCGUGUGAAAAGAAAUAAUAACAAAAACGAGAGUAAAAUACUUAGUAAAAUCGAGGGGGACACGCACGAAAGAUGCAACAUGCAACCAUCACGGUAUAUUAUCGUCUGCCCUGGUGUCCGUGAUACAGUGUGGAGUGUACGUUUUCCAUAACAAAACAAAACUCGACGAAGGCAAAACACGCGACACUGUGGAGAGUUACAUUGCGAAUGGCCUGAUUCUACCCCACGGAGGAGUGGUGUGACCGGGUCCUUUCUAUCCUCGCUUGAGUAUAUGAAGUGCCAAGCCAGCCAGGAGCCAAGACGACGACGGCUCGGUGGCUGCUGCUGCAUCUCAGCUAAAGAUGGGCGACAUAUGUGCCGGCUUCGAGGAGCUGAAGCUCGACUCGAGCUUCUUCGCCAAAGUCAAGUACUAUGUCAGCGGCGAGGCAGAUCCCAAGAUUCUAAAUAUUUUACAAGAAGGAGGAGCUGAAAGAUCCAAUUAUUUCAGUGAUUUCGUUUCACAUUUGAUUGCUGGCUUUGAAGCUUUGGAAAAUGAUAUUUCUGCAGCAAAAGAUUUGUAUGAAAUUCCAGCAGUGACGCAAGAUUGGAUUUUUUAUUCUGCAAAAUGCAGACAACUUCUUCCAACUCAUUAUUUUUCACCUGAAGACAAUCAGUUAUUUUCCAAUGUAAAGGCCUGUAUAUCACAAGUCAGUCGAUCAGACAGCAAAGCAUUAUGGGCUAUGAUAACUCUGCAAGGGGGUAAAUGCCAAAUGAAAUUGGAUCGUUUUUGUACACAUUUAAUAGUUAGUAAAGCCAGCGGGGCAAAGUAUGAGGCUGCAUCGAGACAUCAGAUCGACAUUGUUACUCCUGACUGGGUAGUUGAGUGUUGCAGAAAAGGAAGUCUUGUGGGGGAAACAGAGUUCCAUCCAAGAUUUCUAGUCUACCCAUCUCCAAAUAGUUCUACAGCGUUAAUUACAGGAUUUAUGGAUGAAGAGCUAGAAAACAACACUACUCCAGAAGAGCAGGAGUGUACAAAAGCAAUGCUUGAACAAUUGAAACAAAGAAUGCCAUGGAAUCAACAGAAAUCUCAGCCAGCAGUGACAUCGCAAGCAAUGCCUCAAAACCAAAGUGUAACGUCAACCACUUCACCUGGACCAAUGUAUCUUCCCACAAGCUCUCAAAAUAUCAACAAUGUAAAAAGGCCUGAUCAGCCAUUACAGCAAUCUCAGCAGCAAGUGCCACAACAACAGAUGCAACAUACACAUCAACUACAACAACAGCCAAUGCAGCAGUCACAUCAGCAAUUACAGCAGCCAACACAACAACCAAUGCAACAACAACAACAGUUUGCUGCGUGGUCGUCGGCCCCACCAAACACAGCUGUACACUCUACUACGAGCAUUCCAAUUUCUUCCGUGCAGAAUAAUAUGCAACAGGGUGGAUGGAACUCCCCUGGAGUUCAGUCGAAUAAUAUGCUUCCUUUGAAGUCUCCUACUCAACAAGAUAUACCCACUUCACAGAUGAUGAAUUCUCAAGGUAUGCAUCAACCACAGCAGAUGCUGAACCAACAGCAGGAACUUCUUCAAAUACCACAGCAGCCACAGAUGAAUCAACAACAACAGAACAUAAAUCAGCAGGCUAUUGUGUCCCAACAGCAGCAAGUUAAUACACAAAUGUUGCAUCAGCUGUCAUCCCAGCAGGUCAAUGCUCAACAACAACAACAACAACAACAACAACAACAGUUGAUGCCUCAGCAGCAAAUGGUGCAGUCCCAGCAGAUGUUACCUCAGCAACAAAUGAUGUCACAACAGCAGAUGAUGCCUCAGCAGCAAAUGGUGCUUCAACAGCAGAUGACAUCUCAAGCGCAAUUGGCACCGCUGCAACAAAUGGCCCCACAACAACAGAUGGCUACCCAGCAAAUGGUACCGCAGCAACAAUUGACGUCACAACCUCAAAUGACGCCACAACAGCAGAUGCCUCCUCAACAAAUGGUGCCGCAACAACAAAUGCCACCGCAACAGCAAAUGGCCCCACAGCAACAGAUGUCUGUUCAACAACAAAUAAUGCCUCAACAGCAAAUGACUCCUCAACAACCCAUAAAUCCGCAGCAGCAUUUGAGUCCGCAGCAACAAAUGGUUCAGCAACAAAUGAUACAACAGCCGAUAACUUCGCAGCAGCAGUUGGUGCCUCAGCAGCAAAUGGCUCCUCAGCAGCAACAACAACAAAUGGUGCAACAGCCAAUGACAUCGCAACAACAAAUGACAACUCAGCAACAAAUGGUCCCUCAACAACAGAUGGCUCAGCAACAGCAAAUGACGCAGCAACAAUUGGCUGCCCAACAGCAAUUGCUUCUACAAAAACAACAAAUGCUUUCUCAGCAAGUGCAGCAGUUGAAUCAGCAGCAGAACCAGCAAAUGGGAAUUCAGCAGCAGCAGCAGCAGCAGCAGCAGCAGAAUCCAAUACAAAAGCAACAGCAGCAACUAACGCCAGAGCAGUGCCAACAAAUGAUACUGCUCCAACAACAGCAGCAAAAGAUUCAACAGAUCUCGCAACAACUUCAACAAUCUGUGCCACCAGGCUCCCAACAAUUCAUCGUUCGAGAAGGUCAAGUACAACAGUCACCGACUCAACUGGUAGGACCGAAUCAGCAAGGUUUCAUGGUUCAGAGAGACGCCCGAUGGCAACAGCAACAGUAUCAGCUGCAACUCCAGAGGCAACAGCAGCAACAACAAAUAGGUGGCCAGCCGAGGCCAGCUGCUCCGUGGCCACAGCAGCCCUCGCAACCACCCAGACAGCUUAUCCAGCUGGACGAGCAAACGCAUCAGCAGCUGCAGCAAAUGGACCCCCAGCAAAGGGCACAGUUCAUACAAAAACUUCAGAAACACAAGACGUUAUUCCUUCAACGACCUAUACAGCAACGUCAGCAACCGGGACCACAUAUUGCUGUUGUUCGGAGUCCAGGGAAACCUGGUCAGCCUGGAGGAAUCCAAUGGGUUUCGCAAGCAAGGCCACAACUCAUGGGACCACAGAUCUCGGGAGCACCAGGCCAAAAGCCUGCUCAGAUGCAUCCUGUUGUUCAGCCACCUGCCCUUGCGCCAAUUAACUCCAACAGCCAGGUCGUUGUGCAGACAAGUCAGGCACCUCAGGGUGCCCAACAAAUCGUUCAAAACCAACCGUUUCCUCAAGGCCAGCCUCUAACGCAGCAGCAGCUCGCGCAGCUCCAGAUGCAGAAGCAGCAACAACAAAUUGCUCGAAUACAAUUGCAGCAGAUUCAACAGCAGCAGCAACAACAACAACAACAGCCGCAGCAACAGCAACAAAUUGUGGGUCAACAGCCAGAGCCCGGUGCUAUGGCAGCCAUGCCUGGUCCUGGCGGUACUCAACCAAUGUCUACCGAUCAGCAGCUCGUUGUGAACGCCAAAACGAAAACUGCUCUGGCUAACAUGCUUACCAAUAGACUACAGGGUGGUGCGGCGGACGGUAGCGCAGCUGGACAGUUGAGGUUGAUGACAGCUCAGCACAGGCCACCACCUCCACCCUCCCAGGAUCCUCAGUUGCUAGCUGCCUAUCAGAGGAGAACGUUGGGAAAUAUCACGAACGGUGCACCUCCAGGAAGUCCUGUCAAGAUGCCAGGUUCUGCUGCUGCAGCGCAACAGCCAAAAGCGCAGUUCUAUGGUCACAAUCCUAACUUAAAGUUGCCUCCGGAUCUGUUCCUACUCGGUUGUAUAUUCGUAAUUGUCGAGUACGAUACGUCGGGCGAUGAAGUGGCAACUUGGAAACAAGUAAUUGAAAAACACGGCGGUGAAAUAGAGCCACAGUAUUGUGCGAGGGCAACGCACGUACUGGCAAUGACGCAAAAGCAUCCUCUAAUCGCGCAAGCCAUUCGAGACAACAAGCGCUGCAUAACGGCGCAUUGGCUCUCGGACGUCGUGAACAAACAGCAGGUGCUACCGCCCUGGCACGCACUCCACUUUCCUCUACCCUUUGGUAUACCUGAACAACCUUGUACCAAACAGAUUGUAUCAUUGUCAGGCUUCGAGGGCGAGGAACGUGCCAAAGUCAAGUUCAUGCUGGAGGCAAUUGGUGCCAAGUUUACCAAAUACUUUUCGCGCCACAAUACGCUAUUAAUUUGUAAGAGACCCGAGGGACCAAAAUAUAAAAAGGCACGUGAAUGGCAGACUAGUGUUGCAAAUGCCCAGUGGUUGACAGAUUUGCUCUGUGGUCAUAUGUCAGCAUUGCAUCAGUUAGAAGCCUCUAAAUACCAACAGUAUAGUUUAGGAAAUCCUUUUAGAUUAGAUUAUUCACUUUUGCCUCAUCUUAUGGCUGCUUGGAAAAUGCCUAUAAAUAUAACUCAAGAAUCUUACGAUAAGGUUAAACAAGUCGGCCAAGGACCAACCGCGAUGAGAAAGUAUAAAAAACCAAAAUUAGAUAUACCAUUGUCGAAUAAGGAUCCCCAAAAUUUGGCAUUAGAUGAACCUAUAACUAUAAGUAAUCCAAAUCCCCCUUCACUGGAAGAUCAACCGAGGAUAUUAUUUUCUGGUAUAAGCCCGAAAAAACAUGCAAAACGUAUUAGAGAACUAGGUGGUACGCUAGCAUCAAGUUGGAAAGAUGCUACGCAUUUGGUAAUGAACGCACCUCUGCGAACUGUGAAACUUCUUUGUUGUCUGUCACAUUGUAAAUAUAUCGUUAGUCUUCAGUGGCUACUUGACUGCUCGGCAAAGAAUACUUUUGUUGAGGAAAGUUCGUAUACUUUGAAUGAUCCUGAGUUUGAGAAGAAUUUUAGUUGCAAUAUUGAAAAAGCACUAGCUAGUCCUAAUCGUGGUAGUAUACUUAAGGGUAAAACGUUUUAUGUUACACCAAGUGUAAUACCUUCUCCGUCAGCCAUGGCAGAAAUUAUUGAGAGUGCUGGAGGCACUGUAGAUAAACAAAGAAAAUCUCUUGCUCAAAUACAAGAGAUGAGCAGCGGAAAGUCAGAUUAUAUAAUAAUCACAGUUGAAAAUGAUUUACAUUUAUUGGCUGAUGUCCUUCGAGCAGAUAUCAAUGUAUACAGUGCGGAAAUCGUUUUAGGAGCUAUUGCCAAGCAAUGCUUCCAACUUGACACGCCUUCUCCGUCGUAAAAAAGUGAAUGCAUAAGUAAAUAUAAAAUUUAUAUAAUUUUUUAUUUGACUCGUUUAUCAGAGCUGUAUUGAAAUUUACUUGUGAAUAAUAGAAUAUUUAAUUUCGAUACACUUUUCCAAAAAGACAAUAAUUUUUUUUGUUUUUUUUUGUUUUUUAAA